AUGUGGGCGGCCGAGAACUACGCCCCGGGCCUGAUUGCCAUCAGCGAGAGUGCGGGAGUGGACCCCCAGAACCAGCCGCCCAAAUGCCGCCGCCUGUGCCGCUACCUGGGCGUCCUCGCCUUCCUCUCGGUCCUGGGCAUCGGACUCUGCUUCGCCAUCGCACUCACCGUGGCCCAGCCUCCAGGUCACGCCUCCUGGGAGUACCUGCUCAUCUCGAGCCCCAUCGUCAUCCCGGGACUCCUAGCCCUCUACCUGUGCACCCGCCGCUGCUGCGGCCUCAUCCUGAACCUGGUCUUCGCCUUCCUCGCCCUCCUCUGCGGCGCUGUCCUGGUGGCCACCGAGACCCUAGCCGCUAUCGGCAUCAUGCUGACCAUUGUCGGCGGACUCAUCCUGUCCGUGAUCCUGGUCACCCUCGUCUACGACCGCAUUACCGGACGCUCCUACGACGACGACGAAGACGACGGCGAGCUGGGGUCUUCGAGGAACCGGAGUCUUCGGCGGCGCGCCGGAGACCUGCUCUUUGGGGAUGACGUGUCCCAGCGGGCGUACCCCAACUGCGCGCCGCUGCGGCGCAGCUUCCGACUUGCCUCGCAGAAGAAGAAGAACCCUCCGGCGUCCGUGACCGAGGUCCAAUUCAUCGUGCCAGAGCUUCCCCCGCCUUCCUCGGAACUCCACUCGCGGAGGUCCAGCCCCGAGCGGUUGGUGCCUCUGCAGGCAGGAGACAUCCACGUCGCGAUGCUUGAUGGUAUUCCGCGCGACCAUCAUGGAGCCAGCGUCGCCAGUACCAGUGGGCCGGUGCGGUGCUCUCACGAGGGUGCCGGCUACCGGCACAGUCCUUCCAGGGAAAGUUACCUGACGGCGGACUCUUGAGGACAUGCUGCAUUUUUGUUUUUGUCGUCGACCUCUGGUUCAGCGUCUA